AUGGGAAACAAGAUCUCCUACCAAACUUCCGACUGCGAAGUCCAGCUCCCCGGCGACAAAGGCAGGAUCAAAGGUCUGCAAUUUGACAAUAAAUCACGCCGUUUUGCGAACGUGGCCUAUGCUCUUCCACCAACAGACGAACGAAGAUGGCGCAAGCCUCAGCCAUUGCCCGAGUCCUACUCCUACUCAACACCCGAGGGUGUCCCUUUCGAUGGCACAAAGUUCGGCCAGGUGUGCCUGCAGCCUAACUAUUCGGCUUCUGUGAAGAAGAAUAUCCCACAGCACGACUUUGGAGAGGACUGUCUGCGAUUGAACAUCUGGACACCCGUGUCCAAGGAUGGAGAAUCUGCCGCCAAAUGGCCCGUCAUGGUAUGGUUCCAUGGAGGCUGGUUCCAAAUGGGCGAUCCCAGCAAUGAGCCGUCGAUGGACCCGACUGAGAUGAUUUCCACUGGUGGGCUGAACGCUGUAUUUGUGGCUGUGGGAUACCGACUGAAUCUAUUCGGUUUUCUCGCCGGUGCCCCCUUGCAGGAGGAGAGUCUCGACGGGGCAGUAGGAAACUACGGCCUCUGGGACCAGCGUCUUGCAAUGGACUGGGUAUAUGAGAACAUCAGUGCCUUUGGUGGCGACCCUGAGAAUAUAACACUCUCUGGACGCAGCGCAGGUGCAUAUGCCGUGCAGGCACAAACACUAUAUGACUUCCGAGGGACGCUCCCCGAGUCCUCCAGAAACCGCUUCCGGCGCCUAGUCAUGUACUCAAAUGCCAUUCCCGCGCAACCCAAAACACCAGAAGAGUGCCAGCCGCAGUUCGACGAGCUAUGCGAGUACUUCGAUAUCCCGGCCACAAGCUCAGGGUCUGAAAAGCUGCAGCGUCUGCGUGAAACCAGCGCAAAGGAUCUCUGCGAGGCCAUCAUGAAGUUCAAACACCACACCUUCCGGCCAGUGUCCGACGACGUCUUCAUCCACCGAAACCUAUUCGAAUACUACCGUGACGGCUCGUUUGCAGCCGAAUUUAAGCGCCGUGGCCUACGCAUCCUCAUCGGCGAGGUGCUCAAUGAGGAGACCUUAUAUGCCGUGACCAACGGUCCAGAAGCUAGCCUUGAGUCCCUUGAAACCCAGAUAUCAAAUUACUACUCUCCCACAACCACCAGCCGUCUCUUGCAACAUUACACGCUGCCUACCUCCCCCGAAAAGAAAGAUUGGGAAGCUGUCUUUGGCAAGAUCAUCUCAGACGGCCAAGUCCGUGCCCCAUCACGGUUCCUCGUUAACAACUUGAUCGAGAAUGGUGUUGGGAUCCGCGAUAUCUGGCGGUAUAUAAUCGCUUACCGUCUCUCUUUCAUCACGGAUAAAGUGGCCCCGGCUUCGUUCGGCGUUAGCCAUGCUAUGGAUCGGCCAUUCCAUAAUUACUCUCUCAUGCACGGUCCAACCCCUGCAGAGAGCCAGCUCAUGCAUGAGUGGAUCCGUGACCUGGUGGCGUUCGUUAAUAACGAGUCAGAUUACGUAUACGGAACUAAGCAAGUGGACGACGUUAAGGUUGCCACGCCCGAGGGCAGUAUAGAAAUCCAGAAGGAUCCUCGGUGGGCUGAGCUGUUGGAUUUAAUGGAAGUUUUUGCGGGGUCUGGUUGA